CCACAGAGGGUGUCUGAGCACGACCUGUAGGGAUGAGGGCAUCUUGACUAGAAAUGAUCUCAUCACACUUUCCCAAACUCCCCUGACAUAAUCCCCAUACUCCCCUGACAUCACCAUCCUCCUUGGCCAUAAUGGAGGCAGCAAGUUACUAAUCAUGGGAAUGUUCUCUCCCAUCCAGGGCACCCUGGGAGCUGCAGCAAGAGCAGCCACCCCACCAUGUCCCAACCUGACUGCCCAGAAACCCUCCCCAGAGCACAUACCCGCUCCAGGCAUGGCUAGGGGUCUCUCCCCAAAGCAGACCUCACCAGCACAGCUCCAGGGCCAGUGGCCUCUGGUGUAGGGAUGUACAAGGACCAUGGUUCCUUGAGGAGAAAGCUGGUCAUGCUCUCCUUGGGAAAUGGAUAGGGGAACUUGUCUCCUUUCCAGAUACUCUUCAAAUCUCCAGGGUCCCAUUAGAGCCCCAUGGAAUGAACCUGAACUCUGUGUGGGUUCCCACUGGGGUCCGGAGCCAGGUGGGUCCCUCAUGGAGAGCCAGCAACCACCUUGUGGGGAGGAAGGAGCACAGAGGAGCACUCCCACAGGAGUGGGUUCACCAACGCCAAGCAGGUGUGAGGAAGGGCAGGGUGGGAUGAGGGGACUGGAACAUCCUCAACCUUCCAGGAGCCACACUUCAACCCUACAACCUCCAGGUAUUUGAGACUGUCCCGUGGCCCCACACCCUGUUGGUGUAUAGGGUGCUCCAUGACCACACAACCAGAGCCACGGAAAACGAGAUGUGCCCCUGGCAGGACUCACAGGGCGGUUUCACUGCCCUCGAGUUCCCGGGUCCUGAUUGGUGCUCGGCGGCAGCGCGGGGGUGACGUCAUUGGUGGUGGCCGCGCCAUCCCCACGAGAUACCGGGAGCUCCGUCCCGGCCGCGUGCUGUCCCCUGUGCCCGGUACCGCGGCCAUGGAGUUCCCGGCCGCGCUCUUCCCCGCCUACUUCAGCGCCGGCCCGCCGCGGGAAGAGGGUGGCCCCGCGCCAGUUGCCGGCUGGGGCGAGCACGGGCAAGUGCUGGAGGGUGGCCCCGGCCGCCGCCAGGGGAAGACGGCGUUCGUGCCCCGCCGCGGCGCGAGAGGCGAAAGGUGGGAAGCCGCGGACGCUGCGGCCGUGCCGGUGCUGCUGCCCAGCGCGGGCUGCUGGUUCCCUUCGCCCGCUAUUCAGGACAUCGUGUACCGCAGUGGGGCGGGCAGAAAGCUCCGAGUAGGCAGGUCUGGAGUCACUCUGGACUUCGCCAGGCAGCUGGGCCAUUUCUUUGUGGAUCACCCAGAAGACGCUUUUGGCUCCCUGGGGCGUCUGCUGCACAAGAACUUCUACCUGGGAAACUCCAAGCUGAAGAGACCAGCCCGGAAUAGCACCAUCCGGAUGACUGCCCUGAUGGAGGACAUCGACCGCCUGGAGGCCCGACGUGGCUGCCCCCGGCAGCACUUGGCCUCCCGCCUGCGCUGGUUCUCCCACCUCUGCCGUGACUGGCUCUUCGAAGUGCCACUGGGCCUGCUGGCAGACUGCCUGCACGAGGAGCUAAUGCAGCAGUGGUCCAACCUGCUCUUUGAUGACAGCUUCACUGGGGGUGCACUGGCCUGGUUGCCCCCUGAAGAUGGAGCAACACCUGUGGGCCGCCUGGUGCACCCUGGAGGGCAGGCCAUGAACCACCUCUAUUUCCAGGAUGUGGUGCUGGAGGAGCUGCCCCGCGCCCGGGGCUCUCCACAGCAGUUUGAGCUCAGCGGGCGCAUCCGGCAAGUGGCUGCAGCCCGUGUGGAUGGGCAAGAUUUUGUUGGGGUUCGCUCAGACUAUCACUGUGGUGUUUGGAGGGUGCUGGGCAAGACAGGGGCAGCUCCUACCCCACUACAGGUGAUCCGCACUGAUAUGCCUGCCUCCUGCCUCACUGUCAGCCCUCACCUUCCGGGGGAGCUGUCUGUCUGUACCCAGAGCGGGACCAUUUACCUCUGGAGCGUCGAGACCGGACUGCAGCAGCUCCGCCAUGACCCCCAGACCAUGUUUUUUCGGGACUAUUCACCCUGGCGCUGGAGUGACUUCACUGCCCACCCACGAGUGCUCAGCUGUGCUGACCGCACAGGCCUGCAGUGCCUAGAUGCCCGGGCCCCCAAGAGAUGCCACUUCGACUUGUUCAAGGUGGGCGAGGAAGCUGGCUGCCAGCAGGGUGAGCGUGUGGUGCUGCCCAUGUACCUGGGCAGGGCUCACCCCUCACAGUACCUUGUCACCACCCAGUUCUCCGUGUAUGUGCUGGAUGAGCGUUUGCCAUUGGUGCCUGUUCUGAAGUGGGCACACAUGAUGGAGGCCCCUCCACUCUUCGCACAUCUAAUGCCAGGGAAACCCGGGAGGAGCCACAAAGUGCUGCUUGGUGCAUCCCGCACCCAAGAGCUGUUGCUGAUGCAAUACCGGGGGGGCAGCCAGUCAGCCUGUCAGCUGGCAGGGACUCCGCAGAAGCUGCACAAUAUCGCGGGGUGCCUGCAGCACCUGCCCACCCAGCUCCCACACCGCCACCACCUGCUCCAGCAGCGCCUCACAGCCCCAGCAGCAGGGCUGGCUGCCAUGCUACAGGAGGAUGGACCGCACAAGUCCAUGUUGGUUUUCCAGCUCUCUGAGACUGGGGACGUCUUCUGCCAGAGACUGACCCACAAGGCAGCACAGUCCCCUGCACCCCUAUCAAGGGAUGAGGCCACAACAGCCCCUGGCUCUUCCCCUCUUUUUGAGGGUCCAGCCAGCAGCCCACAGGGCUUGGGCAGUGAGGAAGAAGAGGAGGAAGAGCAAACAUUCUACUUGUCCAACCUGGAGGUGAUUGUUGAUGAAGAGGAGGGUACACCAGCACCCAUGGAGGAAGCUGAACUCCUUCAGGAGCCCUGUGCCAGCCCCGAGCCCUCCUCCCCAGCAGUGCCCAGCCCAGCUGCAGCCCUGCGGUACCGCCGCUGGCUGAGGGCCUUUUUCAGGACCUGCAGGGAGCCUUCUCGGCACACCUGGACCCCCAGCCUCAGCCAGAGGCGCCUCUUCACCCACAGAGAUCUGGAGGGGCCAGCAGGCCCCAGCAGCCUGCACAGGCAGAUGCGUCAGCGGCUGCGCCAAACCAUGCAGGAAGGGAGACGCAUCCAGCGCUGGGAGCCUUUGGCCCUCCAACCACCUCCCCUGCCACAGACCCUGGAGCCAGCAGGGGGUCCAGAUCCCCUAAGUACUCGUCUGACAGCAGCUUGGGCUGGGGACUGGGAGCAGUGGUGGGAGGAGAGGACGAGCUUUAAUAUGGCACAGAGACAGCGGGCACUGCGGGAGCGGCGGCGGCGGCAGAAGCGAGCCAAGGGCCGGCGCAGCCUUUCGGCCAGCUUCACCUCCUCCCUCACCUACCAAUCUGAGCUGUCUGAGCUGAGUGAUGUGGGCCCCCAGCUGCUCUCCCCCAGCCGCCCACCCAUUCUCUCCCAAGAAGGCUCCCCACCAGCCGGCAGCCCCCCCGUUCACAGCCUCCCGACCUCACCGGCACCCGACGAAGCUCUGCUGUCUUCACAGAGCCUGCGCUGCCGCGGUAUCCCAAAGGAGCGGCGGAAAACGUUACGGGACUACCUGUCUGUGUGGGCCGAGGGACCCCCCGAGCCCCCAGAGCCCCUGGGCAGCCAGGCCAGCCAGCUGUGCAUCCCUUCUUCGCAGAGCCAGCUGUCCUCCGCCUCACAGCCCCGCCGCAAGCGCCCACGAAUGGGCUUCUGAGAGCAAAUAAACCUGCGUGCCACAGCCUUC